AUGGCUACUAUAUCGGACCCCGACCCGUCGCGAGAUGCACACAGUGAUAAUAGGCCCGAGUUGGAUGAGGCCGCGUCGCAUGUCAAAGAGAAUCAGGUGAAGACUCCAUGGCAGAGAGAAGGUUCGCAGACACCACCUGUUAAACGCGAGGGGAAUGCAUCGGCUAUGACGAAGGGGAAAUUGCUGACUACACCCUCUCGUCUGUUGAAACUCAUUCUCCCCGUGACGACGCAAGACUAUAACAGUGACAGAAAAGAUGUCGAACCAUUGGCACUCCUGUUACACCCGCAACAACCUUUGUCAUAUCUCGAACGACUGAUCCAAGCUGAAGUCCCACCCAUCAAAGACGAGAAAGGAAAGCUGCGUCCACCACAUGUUUCCUUCCUAGCUGCCGAAAUCCAAGACGAGACAAUCCAACCGAGAAGACCCAAAGCUAAGAAUUGGGUCGAUGAGUCAAAUGAUGAGGAAAAAGAAUUGUCAGAUAAUAAUGAGCAACGACCGCUAGUCGCGACGAGAGACUCCCAAAUAGCUCGAUUGAGAAAUAUUCCCGAUGAAAAAAGUGAAGUCACCAAAGAUCCUGAGACUGGACGCAAAACAGAGACAGACGCGGAUACAGAAGCAAUCCGCAAAGGUUCCUUUGUGCGAUGGUCAUCAUCUACGGAGAUCGGAGACUUCAUCCGAGACGCAGCACGCGUCAAGGAAUUUCUGGUUGAAAUCGAAAAUUCACCUCUGGGAAAAAUCCCCGUCGCAGUCCCCUCCUUCAACGACCGCACGUACUACCUGCGCAUGCGCCUUCGUAAAAUAUCCAAAAACUUGAAAAACCUCGCCAUCAUCAAACAGGAAUGCGAUGUUCUGGCACACCGCGGCGCUCAACGAGUCGCCCUCGGCGGUCUCGGUGUGAUGGUUUCCUGGUGGUACAUAGUCUACAAACUCACCUUCGAAACCGACUACGGCUGGGAUACCAUGGAACCCAUUACGUAUCUUGUCAGUUUAUCCACGUUAAUGGGCGGUUACGCGUGGUUCCUGUACCACAACCGGGAAAUCUCCUAUCGGUCCGCUCUAGAUUUUACGGUAAAUCGCCGACAACAAAAACUCUAUCAGGCGCGCGGGAUCGAUCUGCAGGUUUGGGAAUCCCUGAUUGAAGAGGCGAAUGCUUUGCGCAGAGAGAUUAAGACGGUGGCCGAAGAGUAUGAUGUUGAUUGGGAUGAGAGGGGGGAUGAGGAGGAUGAGCGUGUUACGGAGGCGUUGAAACAUGAGAGACGACAGAAGGAGAGGAGGGAGGAGGCGGAGAGGAAGCAGGAGAAGGAGGAUGGUGGUAAGGAUAAGGACUGAUCUUUGAUACUCUUUUCCAAUGGGGAUAAAAGUGAUGUGAAAGAUGUAUAUUUAUACAUAACUAGAUACUAUUACAUUGGAAUAGAUACUACUGCGCAUAUAUUCUUAAUACAGACAUAGAUACUGAAUUAGUCUUGAUAUACCCCGCUAUAGAUAGGCAAGAUAUAUUCUCUCUGCAUUUGUACGGCGCCACCUGAUCACAUAUGCGCUAGGCUUUGGAACGAAAAACAACAGCUCAAAUACACAACACGACAAAGAAACAAAAAAGACAAAUGAGGGCGAAGAGGCGGAUGGAAGGAGGAGAGAAGAUGAUAUGACUAAAUAAGUAGAGAUAUGCAAGUCUAUUCAAAAAGGGAUUUGAAUCAUCAGACAGUUUGAGAUGUAGAGAACAGGAUUGAUGAAUCCCUCUGAAAAGAUGAUGAUGAUGAUGAUGAUGUGUAACGCUUUUGAACCUUUCUUCCCCUGUUGUUUGAUUUAUAUGAAAGUAUUGGUUUACUUCUUCUCUGCCUUGGGACUCUCAGACUUCUUCUCUUCGGUCGUACCGUUCUUCUCGUCCGUGGUAUCAGGCACAGGAUCCACGCCAAAGAAUCGUCGCAGGAUAUUGGCGACUUCCUUGUAAUCAACCUGUACUUCGUUCAAUGUCUUCUUGAUCCCGUCAAUAGCCUUCUCCCGCUCGGCUUCCUCCUUCUCAUCCGGCAAGUCCUCCUUGCAAUGUUGGAUCUUCUCGCAGGCGUCUUUGACUUUGGUCAGGCCGAGGGUGGCGGAUGACCCUUUCAAGAAAUGGCCGAGCUGGGAAAGGUCGUUAAAGUCGUUUUCGGCU